AUGUCUGAACCUCUUGAAUUUGAUAAAACCGCUCAAUUUAAAAUUUUGGGCUUGAGUUGGGAUAAAUCUCGCGAUUGUUUUGAAUUUAAAGUAACCAAGCUUGACGAAAGGUGUUCAAAACGAAUCAUUUUAGCCACUGUAGCUAGAAUUUGGGACAUAAUGGGCUUCGUAGCGCCUGUUGUUCUCUUCGCUAAACUUCUCAUAAAGGAUUUGUGGCUAUUGAAACUUGAUUGUGACGAUUGUCCGCCCCAGCAAAUAGUCGAAACCUGGAAAAGGUUUUGUAUAGAGUUACCGCUACUCAAUUACGUCAAAAUACCGCGACAUUUGGGGGUCUUCGAACAUUGCGUUGUACGACUGGUCGGCUUUUCUGAUGCUAGUGAGCGUGCUUAUGGAGCAGUGGUAUACGCCCAUAUUACUCAAGCAAGCCAGGUUACGACGCGACUCGUCUGCGCCAAGUCAAAGGUCUCACCAAUGAAGCCUUUGUCUAUUGCACGUCUCGAACUCUGUGCUGCCGAAUUACUGGCAAGACUAAUUAAACGCGUGCACGACACCUACGAUUCACGCUAUCAUAUUAGUGAUAUGUACGCGUUCACAGACUCAAUGGUCACACUUUGUUGGAUAAACUCUUCUCCGCACCGCUGGCAAACUUUUGUUGCUAACCGCGUCGUCAAGAUUAUUGACAAUUUACCAGCCGCUAAUUUUCAUCACGUUGCGGGAAUAGAUAAUCCAGCAGAUUGUUUAUCGAGAGGUCUUACACCCGAAAGGCUAAUAUCUCAUCCAUUAUGGUCACAAGGUCCGUCCUGGCUCGCGCAAGACCUCUCGCUGUGGCCUAUCACUAAUACAGACCAUAAUACUAUAGCACUAGACAACGUACCGGAAGAGAAAAUAACCGCACACCCCAAUACUACGUCAGAACCAGAAACGUCCUUAGUUCAAGAUCUUAAUAAACGCAUCUCCUCCUGGAGUAGACUCACGCGUAUCCUUGUUUAUGUCUGCAGAUUUAUAAAUAAACUACCCCGUUCCGGUUCGAUAGCAGUUACCGCGUUCGAUAUAAGUGCCGCAGAGCAUAUGAUAAUAGGCGAUAUUCAAAAAAGACAUUUUGCAUUCGACAUUAGACAGCUGGGAGCCGGUAGUAAUUGCUCGCCCGCGCUUAUGAAGCUUAAGCCAUUUUUAUGCGAUGGCCUCAUCCACGUUGGUGGUCGCCUUACCAACUCCGCUGAAAGUUCAGAAUACAAAUUUCCGAUUAUUUUACCGCGUCAUGACGCUCUUGUAGAGUCUUUGAUCGACUACUAUCACAAGAAAUAUUUACAUGCCGGCCCAGAGCUGCUCAUGUCUUUGUUAAGACAACGAUUUUGGAUCUUGUCCGCUAGACGAAUUAUUCGGUCUAGAAUUAAUAAGUGUAACACUUGCUUUAGAUUAAAACCGCGCCCGCGAUUUCCUUUAAUGUCUGCUCUGCCGGGACAUAGAGUCACGCAAGCGGAGAAAGCUUUCGCUCAUACUGGCUGUGAUUAUUGCGGCCCUAUAUUGUAUACGCCCAUACGAGCUCGAGGUGUUAAAACUCGCAAGGCUUACCUAUGCAUAUUUACUUGUCUUACUACGCGCGCACUCCACAUCGAAGUAGCCACGGAUCUUUCCACUGUGAGUUUUAUCGCAGCUUUAAAGCGCUUUCUAUCGCGACGGGGUCCCGUGAAAUGUCUUUACUCUGAUCGUGGAACAAAUUUUAUAGGCACUCGAUCUUAUCUACGAGAUUUAUAUAAUUUUGUCACAAAGGAAUACCGCCCGCGUUUAGAAGAAGAAUUGGCCGAAAGUCGCAUUGAAUUCAAGUUCAUAGCGCUUGCCGCCCCACAUUUCGGUGGUUGUUGGGAGAGUAUGGUGAAAUGUGUAAAGAACCAUCUUUUUAAGGUUAUUGGAGAGCAGAUCCUUGCGUAUGAGGAGUUAAUCACAAUCCUCGCUCAAAUAGAAUGUUUACUAAACUCUCGUCCUCUCACUGUGCUUAGCUCCGAUCCAGCUGAACCGACGGCUUUAACACCCGCACACUUUUUGAAUACGUUACCAUUGCGCUCUCUACCUGCACCUGAUGUGGAAUCUUCGCCAAUUAAUUUACUUCAACGACAUACACUCUUAGAUAAAUUAGUCCAAUCCUUUUGGCGUCGUUGGAGGACUGAAUAUCUGCAUCAACUGCAGGCGCGGCGUAAAUGGACUCAAUGCUCGGUGCCCGUAAAGGUGGGCACAGUUGUCAUAAUUAUAAAUGAUAAUUCACCGACCCUCUCCUGGCCUUUGGGAGUGAUCGUAAAGGUUCACCCGUAUGAGGACGGUAUAGUUCGUGUCGCUACAGUAAAAACGGCAAGGGGUACACUCGUGCGACCAGUGGUGCGCUUGUGUCCGUUACCUACACAAUAA